AUGGAUAAUUUUGACGACGAUUUAGAUUUAUUAACUGAUAAUCUUAAUUAUCAAGAUUCAACUUCUCAAUAUGAUAACUUGACUAUUCAUAUUAAUCCAUUUCAAAUAAUCAGGUCAGGGUUAAAGAAUACAAAUGCAGUAGACGAUGCUAUGAAUUAUCUACGUAUUAGAAGUAGAUUUCUUUUAAAUAAAUAUUCUAGUUCUUUUGAUUCACAUAUUUCUCUAAACUUUACGUCUGAUCCCAUUAAAAAUUACAAUUUAACCAGUGAAAACAGUAUUUGUUUAAGUAAUGAUUGUGAUAAUAAUCUUCUUAAAUCUUUGCAAGCUACAAUUUUAUCUUAA